AUGUUAGUACCGACCCCAGAAUCCUCAACAACAUCUUCAGCAACCACUACUCAAGCCUUAGAAGUAACUACAAAGUCUGGGAUGAAUGACAAAAUACCUUCGAAUCACUCCGACCUUAUCAUAGCCAUGAUUUUAGCCAGAUCCGAUGAGUUAUUCGCUGAUAAUCGAAAGAGAAAACCUAUCUAUAAUGCUAGAAGGAAGGCGAAGUGGAAGGAAUUGGUCGAAAAUCUGAAUCGACAGCUUGGAAUGGAUUACUCGGUCGAGAGGGUCAAGAACAACUAUCACUACAGGGUGACGUCGCUCAAGAGGAACAUGAGCAGACAUAUGGUGUGAGUUUAAAAUUGGCUUUGAAAUUUUAUUUUGUUGCAAACUUGUACUCUGUUUGUUAAAAUACGGAUCAAAAAAUGCAAUUAUUUGAUCCGAGAAUGCCUGAAAACAUGUAUAUUAUAGUAGUUGAAGACGUAUAUUAGCUAAAGGGUCCUUUGAAUUUCUAAAUUUAACUCUUCAGAUCAUUGAAAGAAGACGACGUUGCGGAUCAAAAUUCAGCGUCACAACAACUGUCAGACAUUGAUCGAAUGUUAUAUGAAGCGAUCAAAGCUGCCAAUCAAGACGAGUUUCUACCGGUCAAACGACAAAAAUGUAACUUAUUUUACGUUGACUUACAAAAAUAUCUUUAAAAUUUCAUUUAUAUAUAUACUACAAUAUUUUUAAAAUUGAUAUUUUUUUAUUUUUAAAACUUUUAGCGUCAGAACAACCAGAACACGUAGUUGAAAAGCCCGUUAUAACUACUGAUGUUAACUUUGUGGAGAGCUUGUUUGAUGAGAGUAAAGAGGAACGAACUGCAACACCAGAUACUAAUGAGGAUCCAGGAUUCAAGAAGAUUAUGGUUACAAUGAUGAAGAAUCAAGCUGAUUCUUUUAAAGUAAGGUUGUAUACUGUAAUUAGUGCUGGAGGACCUUUUAAUUUGAGAAUACAGACUUUGUUACAGUAGAAUAUAGCAAAUUAAAAAAAAUUUUUGGAGAAUGAGCGACUUAUAUGUAUGUUAAACUUUUCUUAAAUUGUAUUUUUAGGCAUUGCGCGACUUCAUGAACGAGCAAACCCUGCAACAAGCGAAAGUGAUCGAAAUGAUGGCGGCUACUGUAGAGUUGGUUCGUGAAAGCACGUCGCAUCUGGAGCGGGCUGCCAGUCUAUGCCCUGGCUGUACUGGCAGUCUGUUGGAGAAAGUGUUUCAGCCUUACAGUAAGAACGACUCGGAAUAA